AUGACAGGCGACAAGACAGCAACUUCGCGCGUCUCCUUCCACCAGGAGCGGGACCAGCAGAGCAAGCCGACCCCUGAGCAACGCAGCUGGCUUAGCCGAGCUCGUAAGAAUCAACCGCAAUGGAAUGCACUCGGGGCUGGCUCGCUCAUCUUCGUUUCGGGUGGCAUGAGCACGGCCUGGGGUGCCGGCUUUGCAGCGCAUUCCAUGUAUACGGAGCUGCUGAAACGAACGUUCCAUAUGCAAAUCUGCUGGUAUGGAGCAGCGCUACUUGGAGCCGUAAUAAGCGCCAUAUUGACCCAUCGUACCCCACAGCGCCCUGUUUAUGUUCUGAGCUCUUGCCUGGUGCUAAUCUGUGGCAUGCUUUACUUAACGCUGCCGGAGCAACCAAAUGCCAUCAUUGCAGCCCGCUACUUGGAUGGCUUUGCCAAUGGCUUGGUCUUUGUUCCCACCUUAACCACAGUUGGCGAGCUAUCUGUUUGUGAGAUGCGGGGCGUGUUUUCCGCAGCCCUCGAGCAGAUGAGCUACAAUUUCGGCAUCUUUAUCCUUCUCAUCUACACUGCCAUCUGGGAGAGUGGCUGGAAUGUGACCGUGGUUGCCGACCAGGCGCAUGGCCUGCUAAGCAUUAUUUUUGGAGUUGUAGCCCUGGCUCUGGCACUGACCUGUUGCGUCGAGUCACCGGUGUAUUUACUGCUGCGGCGUAGUGAGCAAGCUGCGGUAGAUGCUCUGCGUCAUCUGCAACGUCCAUUCGUGGUGACGUGCGAAACUUUUCUGCUACUGGACGAGCACAAGCGCUACGUAGUUGCCAAUCGAGGCCUGAGUUGGUCUCAAAGCAUCCAACAGGGUCUAGUGCCAUUGCUAAAGAUCGUCGCACAUCGCUCACUUUGUGCCCUUAGCCUUACUCCCAUCGUGUGGAGAGCUCUGUAUGAAACAGCUGUGGGGCUAACGCCUCACUUUCACACCUGGCCCUAUGCGGUCUUUGGUACUUUGCGCUGGAGCGGCUCCAUCUGUGUUGUGUUCUUGAUGGACUCCGGGGGCCGUAAGAAGCCCUCGCUAUUUGGCACCUUUGCUGGCGGCGUGUUUGCCAUUGCCUUUGCCAGUUUGCUUGACCGUGUGCCUCGCUUGAUAUCCGCAUUGAUCAUACUGUUUUUCUUUCAAUUUUUCGCUGGUGUGGCGCAUGCAGCUUCUGCUGUCUACCUGACAGAGGCUUUUCCAUUGACAUUCAAGCCGUACUUUGUGGCGCUCGUCUACAUCAUUGAGCUGAUGAUCAAGAUGGUCUUUUGCAUAUGCACUCCAACGCACACGGACAUAGCGCUCUAUUUUUACAUAUUAGGGGGAUUAUCCUUUAGCUUCUUUCUGCUAGGCAUCUUUUGUUUGCCAGAAACGAAGCUGACAACUCUGUCACAGGCUCAGCCUAAGAUACGAAAGUGGUUCAAUGAAGACUUCUGAAUUUUGAUCUACAGACUAAGCUAAUAAAAAAAAUUGCAAAGCAGAAAACAAUGAAGAUGUAUCGACAAUAUAUUGUGUAUUUGAGAAGUGACUAAGUUUCAUCGUAUGACUCAUUUAAAUUUGAUUAAGUUAAUCAAAUAUCAUAGCGCAGCGCGGCAUCACUUAGCAUCGAAACAGAGUAUAUGGUGUUUAGUAAAAGUAAUAUUCUGUGGUGCGUUGCCUUUAAUAACAGCAAACACUUUACAUACUUAAUAA